ACAAAGUCGCUAGGAGCCAGGAACGACAAAAUAAUCGGAGCAGCAAUUGAGUCUGUUAAACCCUAAAACAUGCGAAGAAAGGGAAGGUGAUUAGGACCCAGUGCUGAGUGCGGUGUCAAAUGUCAAUGGCGCUUCCUGCUUCUACUCUUUUUCCUACUUAUUCUUCUUCGCCUUCACAGUUUCCGAUAAAACUAUUUGGAUACCGAUCGUGUCAAGUCAAAAAGAGUUUGGUUCUAGGGACUCGUCACCAGACCUUGUUCAAAUAUGCCUUGAAAGUAUCAAUGUCACAAUUUGGUGGACCAGAAAAGGUCAAUAUGCAAAUCAAUGAUGUCAAAGAGAAAUUACAGAAAGUCAUUCCUGACUCAGUUAAGGAGCUCGAAUUGGAGAGAGGGGCUGAUAUACUGGUGCAGAAAUUGCUUUCUCUUGGACAAAAGGCUUUAAAAUGGUCCACUGUUGUAUUGAUUGCUUUGAGCUUUUUAUCCGAUGUUAUAUUCACCAUCUCUAGGAACCAAGAAUUAGUCAUGCCGUUUGGUCUUUUGGCUGGUUGUUUAGUGGCCGAUUUCUUGAAAGAAAUAUCCAUAGAAGUGUUUCCAAACUCACAAUUGUGUUUCUGGACAGGGAAAAGGGUCAAACCGGAAUCUUAUAGUUAUUGGCUGCUUCUUCGUUCUGGUCAAGUUCAUCUCUGCUUUUUUCGGGAGAAUUGGAAAUGUGUUUCUUUUACAUGUUGGCAAUGGUGGGUUUUUACAAGUUUUGUGGCUUUGGACCAGUUUGCUUAAGGGGAGAAGUCUUUGUCGCUAGAAAUGAUUCGUUAGCAAAUGAGUAAUUUUUACCUUAAGCUUGUACAUUGAGAAGCUUUACUCUUUCAUUAUCUGUCUAAUCCUAUAAAAGAUAUAUUUUCUUCUAGCUCAAACAA